AUGGCAAAGCGCGGCAUGGAGCUCGUUCUGUUCAUGGCUGCCGCCCAACACAUCUGCCGUAUCGUGCGGGUGUUGAAGACUCCUCUCGGGAAUUCGCUGCUAGUGGGCGUCGGAGGCAGCGGCCGGAAGAGUCUAGCAUCCUUAGCCACCUUCGUGGCCGAGUACGAGCAGUUCUCUAUUGAAAUCACCAAGAACUACACUGUCUCUGACUGGCAUGAUGAUGUGAAGCGCUUGCUCAUGAUGGUCGGAAGCUCCACGCAGGUAACGUUUCUGCUUGCAGACACCCAGAUUCCGAAGGAAUCCUUCCUGGAAGACACUUCGAGCCUCUUGAACAAUGGCGAGAUAGGUCUCAGACGGCGAGAAUUCCCCGAGACAGAGCCUGCACCAUGGACCUUCGAAAUCCCCAUGGACAUCGUUAAUGUCUGGCUCCUGUUGAGCCUUUUGCAGACCCGAUCUGACGUGGUAGACCCGUCUUACCGCGUCCGCAGCUGCUAUAAAGCCGCCUGUGCAAGCACCGAGCGCGCCUGGAUCGGCCUGCGAGGACGUCCCGGCGUGGUUUCAGGCCAAUACUGCUUCGAGGUGAAGGUCACGGAGGGCCUCCUCCGAGUGGGCUGGUCGUCGUCCACAGCGUCCCUGGCACUUGGCACGGAUGCGGAAGGCUUCGGCUUCGGUGGCACUGGAAAGAAGAGCCACAGGAACAAGUUCGCAGACUACGGUGCCGCCUUUGAAGCCGGCGACGUGGUCACGUGCUGUCUGGACCGAGAUCGGCGCGAGGUAAGCUUCGGUGUCAAUGGCAUCUGGUACGGGAAGGCCUUCGACAUCCCCAAGGCAUGGGAUGACUUUGCCCUGUUCCCGGCAAUUUGUGCCCGCGAAGCGUUUCGAAUAACAGGCUACUUUGGCUGCCCGGAUCAUCCGAAGGUGCCGCACGGCUGCGACUUUUGGCCGCUAGGUGCAGCUUACCCGGAGGAUGUGGUUGAGUCUGCAGCUGGCCCUCCGAUGCAACUGGAGCUUCCGGGCCUGGAGGAGUCUGCCGAAACGCGCGGUGCGCGUCGUGGGCGCUUCGCCAAAAUGGCCCGUGUGGACCAGAUGCCGGGGUCCUCAUCGGCCGCUGUCGCGCCUUGGAACGAGGCUACCUGCGUGAUGCCGCGAAGCUCCGUGAUCCGGAGCAGAUUCGGCCCAUGCCGGCUUGUACUCCGCGAGGCCUUACAGCACUGCCUCUCAGCCGGCCGUGCAUGGUCCUGGGAAGCGGAGAUGCUGAGGGCGAUCCGGCAGGACAUCACGGUUCAGCAUCUGGAUGCAGACUUCCUGGAAGAGGUCUGUGAGGUGUCCUGCCUGCGUGCAUUGGCCAACGGGGAUUGGGCCGUCUUCGCUUCUUGCUCAUCCACGCUGAAGCGGCGACCACGUGCUGCGGAGCUCCGCUGGCUUGCGCUGCUUGGGCGCCCGCAGGUCCUGGCAGCAGCUCUGCAGGCGAUGCCUUUGGAGGACACUGUCUCGGGCUUCGUUCGCAAAACGUUGGCAGAUCUGAGUGUGGGCUUGUGGACUCGUGCUCUCAAGCGGAAAGCUCCGACUCAGACAGCCCAGCAAGCCUUCGACAUUGCCGUCAAACCCACUGCAAAGGCACAGCUCCUAUGUGCCAUUUGCAAGGCAUUCCCCACUGCACAGCAGUUGACGCUGCAAAGCCUCGGUGUCGACAGCUUGCCGUCCAGCGUAAGCCUCACUGACAACCUGCUGAAUGGGAAAGAGGCAUUGCUUGCAGCUCAAGAGGUGCUUCAGAUGGCACAGCGGCCGCAGCAGCGUGAAGAUCAUAGAACCUUGGAAAGCAAUUUGGGCAGUGAUGAGCAAACGCCAAGCAAGCUGCAUGAUGGCCGUGCUUUUCAUGGUUUUUGCGUGCGUGACGGUGCACUCAGUGGUGUUCAUCAGAGGCUCGGAGUUCCUCCGCUGAGCCACCCGGAGGCUCUCCCAUCCACCUGUUUCGGAAAACACGCCGCAGCAUGGAGAAGCAAGGAGCGGAAGACCUUCGGAGAGGCAGAGGUCCGAGAAAGGAAGGCCUUCUCGAUGAAAUGGGAUCCGGACCUAGGGUACGGAGCAGAGGGCACUUCCACGCGACUCUGGGCUUGCCCUGGGCUGAUGGUGCCAAACCUGUUCAAUGCCGAGGACAAGACGCAGAUUCUGGAGGUGUCGACAUCGGCGGCCCAGGCCGCUGGCUGCAGCGACCCUGCGGAGGUUUUCGCCUUCUUCACAGAGCAGUGCCGCAAGAACCUGCACCUCGUUCUUGCACUGUCGCCUAUUGGUGAGGCAUUCCGCCGACGCGUGCGGAUGUUCCCAGCCAUCGUCAACUGCUGCACGAUCGAUUGGUUCAUGGAGUGGCCAGAGGAAGCGCUCCGUGGGGUGGCCACCCAUUUCUUGCAGAAGGUGGACCUGGCGAAGGACGUUUUCACUGGAGUGGUGGAGAUUUGUGUGCGCAUGCAAGAGUCCGUCUUCGAGCUCACGGACCGCUUCCGCCGCGAGGUGCAGCGACACUACUAUGUCACGCCCACAUCAUACCUGGAGCUCAUCAAUUCCUUCAAGGGCGUCUUGGCAAGCAAGCGAGACGACGUCUCCGGUGCGAAGCGGCGCUACGAUGAUGGCCUCGAGAAGGUGAUCUCCACUGAAGAGCAGGUGAAGACAAUGUCCAUCCAGCUGGAAGAGCUUCGACCUGUGCUCAAGCAGACGUCUGCAGAGACAGCAGAUCUCAUGACCGUAAUCGAGCACAAGCAGGAAGAGGCCUCAGCAACACAGGCGGUGGUGGCGAAGGAAGAAGAAGCUGCAUCGCAACAGGCAGAAGCCUCGCGCACCAUGAAGGAGGAAUGCCAGGCUGACUUGGACAAGGCACUGCCAGCAUUGAAUGCAGCUUUGGACGCGCUGAAGAGCCUCAAGAAAGGUGCGCACUUGCAGGUGAAGAAUAUGAAGUCUCCACCAGAAGGCGUCAUUACGGUGUCGAAGGCACUGUGCUGGAUGUUCGAUGUGAAGCCAAAGAAAGUCACUGCGGAGGAUGGCCGCACCAAGAUCGAUGAUUACUGGGAGCCGUCCAAGAAGAGCCUUUGGGGCGACUCAAAGAUGUUGGACCGGCUGUUGGGCUAUGACAAGGAUCACAUACCGGUGGAGGUCAUCGAAAAGUUGAAGCCCCUGGAGGAUGACCCCGAGUUUGAUCCGGAGGUCAUCAAGAAGGCAUCCACUGCGGCCAUGGGUAUCUGCAAAUGGGUCCGUGCCAUGAUUGUCUACGACGGUGUGGCGAAAGUCGUAGGGCCCAAGAAGGAGGCCCUGGCGCAGGCAGAAUCCGAGCUGGCCAAGGUCAUGGGUGUUCUGAAUGAGAAGAAAGCAGAGCUCAAAGCUGUGCAGGACAAUGUGUCGCAGCUGCUGGCAGACUUCGAGUCUGCGAGGAAGAAGAAAGAUGAUCUUGCCGUGCAGGUGGACGACUGCAGCAAGCGCCUCGUGCGGGCAGAGAAGCUGAUCAGCGGUCUGGGAGGCGAGAAGACGCGAUGGAUCGAGUCGUCGAAGCGGCUUGGGGAGCAGUACACCAACCUGACCGGAGAUGUGCUCAUUGGCUCGGGCAUCCUCGCCUACCUCGGAACCUUCACCGGUCGGUAUCGUGUGGACACAGUGAAGAGUUGGGUGCAGCUCAUGAAAGAGAACCAGCUGCCCUCGGCGCAGGAGUUCUCACUUCGUACUGUUUUGGGCGACGAGGUGCAGAUCCGCCAGUGGGUCAUCGACAAGCUUCCAAACGAUCAGGUGUCAGUGGAGAAUGCCAUCAUCAUCCAGAGGUCUCGUCGGUGGCCGCUGAUGAUCGACCCGCAGCUGCAGGCCAACCAGUGGGUGCGAAAGACGUACGCAGGGCGCGGAGAGCAGCUCCGAAUUCUUCGGCUGACACAGAACUACGCCCGCGAGCUGGAAGGUGCGAUUACCUAUGGAAAGCCCACCCUUCUGGAAAAUGUUCUGGAGCAAUUGGAUCCGCUCCUGGAGCCGCUCCUACAGAAGGCCAUCUUCAAAGCCGGGAGCGUGAUGAUGAUUCGCCUGGGUGACUCCCAGUGUGAGUACAACAAGGACUUCCGCUUCUUCAUCACCACGAAGCUUCCAAAUCCGCACUACUCGCCAGAGAUUUGCGUGCAGGUUACGUUGCUCAACUUCAUGGCUACUCCUGAUGGACUGCAGGAUCAGAUGCUGGGCAUCCUGGUUGCCAAAGAGGAGCCUGAAGUGGAACGGAAGCGGCAGAACCUUGUCGUGGAAAGCGCUCAGAGCAAGGCCCAGCUCAAGGAGAUCGAGGAUCGCAUCCUGCAGCUCCUCUCAGAGUCCAAGGGUAACAUUCUUGACGACGAGGAGUUGAUCAACACUUUGGCGACCUCAAAGACGGCCUCUCUUCGAAUAGAGGAACGUGUGGCUGAGCAGGAGAAGACCCAGGCACAAGUGCAGGAGACGAGGGCGACCUAUGUGCCUGUGGCGGUUCGUGCAAGUGCUCUGUUCUUCGUGAUUGCGGACCUCUGCAACGUGGAGCCGAUGUACCAAUAUAGCUUGGAAUGGUUCUACACCAUCUACGAGCAAGCCAUUGCUGCAGCGGAGCGCUUUGAACGAAACAUUCAAAAGCGCCUGACGGCGCUGCAGUCGAAGUUCCUGGAAAUGCUCUUUGAACAAACAUGCCACUCACUCUUCGAGAAGGACAAGCUCAUGCUGUCCCUGCUGCUUGCCUUCAAGUCCAUGGAGGUUGACGACGACAUCAACCUGGAAGAGAAGAGACUGCUCCUCAUGGCUCUGGGGGGUGGCAGCGCGCACCUACCGAAACCCACGGAAGAAUGGCUUACAGAGAAGAUGUGGAGCAGGAUCUGCGUCUUGGACAAAGUCGGCAAAGGGCCUUGGUACAAGUUUGCCACCUCCUUCCAGGACAACAUCGAGAAGUGGAAGGCUCUUUUCGACUCUGACAACCCUGUGGCUUACAACUGGCCUGGCAAGGAGCAGAUGUCGGCACUGCAGCGGGCUUUGGUAUUGCUGGCCGUACGUACGGACUGUACCAUCGCAGGCCUGCAAGAGGUGAUUUCCACCAACCUGGGCAAGAAUUUUCUGGAACCACCUGGCUUCAACCUGGAGAA